ACUUACUAUUUAGCCAGGCACGCCACUCGCAAAGUUCCCCCAACCGCUCUCCAUCUCUCCGCCCACACGGGUGCCACUGACUACAUUGUGCGUCUGUACCUACUUGCAAUGUUGUAUGAUACCAUGAGAAGAGCCGCACUCCAAGUGUUGUGCUGUUAUCGAGACUGGACAGUGCAUCGAUCUCCACGAACAUGACCCCCGCGCCCCCACCACAUUGACGUGGUGGCGUCGGCUCCCCUCACGAGUUACAACCUUAUAAGAUCUGACGCGGGUCCGGUGGAUCGAAUUGUUUGCUUGCUGCUAUUAUUUCACCACGUCGCACGUCCCGCGCCGUGGUCUGCGCCGGUCACGGGAGAGGUAGCCUGGAGCCGCGCGAAGAGGGCCCCAUCGCGAUGGGGACUGGACUCGAUGAUUAUGUUCACCAUGAAGCGCUACUACAGUACAGUAUAUGCCCAGCUCGACGUGUGGCUGUUUCAUGAACUCGCAACAUGGGGCCCCCGUGGCCCAUCAUCGUUGAUGGUGCAGCAGUAUACGGACAGAAACCCCGCUUGAUCCUGAUAGAGACGACGACGACUUGAAUCAACAAUCAAUGCCCCGUGUGUCUGCUUGAAGACGGGACAAAGCUCCCCAGUUCCCCCCCAGAACCGUUCACGUACUUAUAUCUCAGGGAGAUCCAUCAAAUCCUCCGUUAUGACAGUGCUGUGUGAUCGACCUGUUGCACUCCUUUACAUAGUUCACCACCGGCUUCAUUCAACACUAUUAUAUAAGUACUCAAAAUGCGUCUCCAACUCGCCGCCGCCGCCGCCCUCUUGGGCCCCCUCGCCCUGGCCGCUCCGUUCCCGGCACGUGUAGCGGAGCUGGACCAGCGAGACAGCCUGCAGCCCGUCACGAACAACCAAAAGCCCACCACCACCGUGACAAACAGCGUGCAGCCCGUCACCUCGGAUCCUAAUACGCCUACCACCUCGAACCCUCAGCCUACCACUGCGAACCCUAAGCCUACCACCGCGGACCCUAACAAACCUACCACCUCGGCGGCGGCCCCGCCGAAGCCCGAUGCCACCACGUCCAAGGUUGAGGGCGUGCAGCCUGUUACCUCAGACCCCAAGCCUACAGGCACGGCCACAACCAAGCCUGAUGCCACCCUUCAACCCGUCACCUCCAACCCCAAGCCUACAGGGACGGCGACAACAAAGAAGCACGAUGGCACGCUGCCGCCAUGCCAUGGACCCAAGCACACAACCUCGACGACGAAGCCCGAUGCGGCGACGUCCAAGGUCGAGAGCCUGCAACCUGUUACCUCAAACCCCAAGCCUACAGGCACGGCUACAAACAAGCCCGAUGCCACUCUUCAGCCCGUCACCUCAGACCCCAAGCCCACCGGCACGGCCACAACUAAGCCCGAUGCCACCCUUCAGCCCGUAACGUCCAACCCUAAGCCCACCGGCACGGUCACAAACAAGCCUGAUGCAACGACUUCCAAGGUCGAGGGCGUGCAGCCCGUCACCUCAAACCCCAAGCCUACCGGCACGGCCACAAACAAGCCCGAUGCCACCCUUCAGCCCGUCACUUCACACCCCCAGCCCACCGGCACGGCGGCCCCGAAGAAGCCCGAUGCCACGACAUACUUGGGCACGCACACGGCCGUUCCCACAAACUCGGCGCCCCCGCCGCCUCCGAUCCAGCCGCUCAACAUCUGGCAGGUCAAGUGCAAGGAGGAUGCGAACACGGCGAUCUGCCAUGCGCCCUACGGCUACUGCCACAUGGGCAUGUACUACAUCCAGCUGGAGAGCAACCCGCCGCACGGCAUCGAGUGCUACAACAAGUGCGGUUGCGUCAAGUAUUAACAAGAGACUGGAUUUUGUCGCGCGAGAGAGCGAUGACAACUUCUACACUUAUGAACGCAGAGAUAUGGUUAUGAUUGUGUAUAUGAAGCGCAGGUCUCCUUGAUGGAUCCUAGCUGCUCAAGCAUGUGGUUUGAUGACACCACUUUUCAACUUCAAUGUAUUGUAUUUCAGUUCAGUUAAUCAAUUUGCGCCAC